UUAAGGAUCUGAUAAUUCAAGAGGAGAAGAAAGAGCUGAGGAUUUCACCAUUUUCAUCUCUUCUUCUUCUCCAUCAACACUCUGUAUGCAUGCUGCAUAUUAGAAUCUCAUGCAUGCAUGCAUUCACGUACAGAAAAAGAAUAUAUAUAUAGAUCAGAGCAUUUUCAUUUUUCUCUUGAAUUCUCAGCCUGCCUGCUACAUACUGCCAUUAUUGUUAUGGAGGAAGGUUUGUAGUUUCAGAAAUUAAAUUAAAGGAAAGGAAAGGAUUAUAUUGAUUGAUUGAUUGUAUUACAGAUCGAAACAAUUAAUUAGCAGAGGAUUAUUAUAUAUAAUAUAAUGGCUCCGAGUAAACUCAGGAAAGCCAUAGGGGCUGUGAAGGAUCAAACCAGCAUAAGCCUUGCCAAAGUGGGCGGCAGCGCGUCCAUAUCCGACCUCGAGGUGGCGAUCGUGAAGGCCACGCGCCACGAAGAAUACCCGCCGGAGGAGAAGCACAUCCGGGAGAUUCUGUGCCUGACGCUAUACUCGCGCGCGUACGUGGGCGCGUGCGUGGUCACCAUCUCCCGGCGGCUUAGCAAGACCAAGAACUGGGUGGUGGCGCUGAAGUCGCUGAUGUUGAUCCACCGGCUGCUCACCAACGGCGAGCAGUCGUACGAGCAGGAGAUCUUCUUCGCCACCAGGCGCGGCACGCGCCUCCUCAACAUGUCGGAUUUCCGCGACUCCCGCUCCAAUUUCUGGGAUUAUUCCGCGUUUGUGCGGACCUACUCGCUCUACCUCGACGAACUGCUGGAGCUCAGGAUGCAAAACCGCCGUGGAAAACAGUCAAAACACAGUGCAUUAGCGUCCGGUAAUGAAGAAGAAGAGGAAGACGAAGGCGAAGAGGAAGAGGAGGAAGCUGCCAAUACUAUAUGCAACAGUACUGCCAUUGUUGUUGCAUGCACUCCGAUUGCAGAAAUGAAGAACGAGUACUUGUAUUCAAGAAUCCAGCAUUACAUACAGAUUCUUGACCGAUUCUUAGCUUGCAAACCAGCAGGGGCAGCAAGGAGCAGCAGGCUUGUGCUUGUGGCUCUGUAUCAAGUAGUGAAGGAAAGCUUCCAAGUAUAUUAUUCCAUGGCAGAAAUAUUGGGAAUUUUGGUGGAUCGAUUCAUGAAGCUUGAUAUUCCCGACUCCAGAAAAGUUCAUGAGAUUUUCCAGCGCAUCGCCAAGCAAUGGGAUGAACUCGAGAUGUUCUACAGUUGGAGUAAAGCUGCAGGGAUUUCGAGGGAGUCGGAGUACCCGGAGGUGGAGAAUUAUCCCAAGGAGAAACUGGACAUCAUGGAGGAAAUUAUCCGGGAGAAAAUGGAAAUGGCGAGAGGGAGAGUAAUGAGGAGCCGAGAACAGUCACCUGAGGUGGAGGAGCCGGAGCCGGAAGAGGAAGCGGAAGAGGACAUGAAUGCGAUAGAAGCGCUGCCGCCACCGGAGGAUUUUUUGGAGGAGAAGGAAGAAAUGACAGUGGUGGAGGCGCCAAAGGAGGAGGAGAAGAAGGCACAGGAUAUAGGAGAUCUGUUGAACUUGGGUGAGGAUGCACCCACACCGGAAGAGCAUGCAAAUCAGUUAGCCUUAGCCUUGUUUGACGGUAUUCCGACAUUUAACCCUGCAAAAACAACCACGACUCCAUGGGAGGCCUUCAAUGGAUCCGGAGAUUGGGAAACAGCCCUCGUUCAAACCGCCAGCCAACUGUCAAACCAGAAGGCACAACUCCCCGGCAGCUUCGAUGAAUUAAUGCUCGACGGAAUGUAUCGACAGGGAGCGCUAAAUCAGGCAGUGGCCUCCUCCGGCGUUCUGACAACAGGCAGUGCUAGUAGUGUUGCGUUCGGGUCAGCCGGGAUGCCGGCAAUGCUUGCACUACCGGCACCUCCGUCUGCAGAUGGCGCAGCCAACACAACAGCAUCAGGAGCUGACCCUUUCGCCGCCUCGCUUUCAGUAGCACCGCCGGCAUAUGUGCAGAUGUCAGAGUUGGAGAAGAAACAGACACUGCUAUUUGAAGAGCAGCAAAUGUGGCAGCAAUAUGCAAAUGAUGGAAUGCAUGGACAAGUAGGAUUGGAAAAGGCCCAACAAAACAUUCAACCUCAUAAUUACUAUGGUUACUAGUACUCCUGCCUGUAGGGAAGAUUUUUGUCUUCCAGACUCCGAUACACCUGUGAUAGUUCUCUCUAGUUUUCUUCUUUCUUCUUUUCUCAAGAAGAGUGUAGUAUAUUCAGACAUUCAGCGAUCAUUUUUUAACCCACAAGCAGAAGUCAAGAAUGUUUAAGCAAAUAUUUGGAAGUGCACUCCACUGAUGAGAACAUAGCCCUAUGAUACAUCAACAACACUGACCUGGAUUCCUUGAAUGUAACUAAGAACAUGAAUUCCCCCACUGUUAUUUAUUUUGUUUCUACAAAUUUAGGGCAAGACCAAA